GAGCUGUCACCUAGUUUCUGUAGCAAGAAGUGAUGCCCAGCCAGUGUCCUGCUGUCCUUUUUCUGCCAUGAUGAAACUUCCCCUCCAGACUGAAAGCCAAGUAAACCCUUUCUUCCCAUGAGCUGCUUGUGGUCCAGUGUUUUGUCCCUGAAACGUGAAGUGGAGGAUGUUGCCACUCAUGACAACAGACUUACAAAUAAAGAUGAAGACACAGAAUCUAGUGAAAAGAUUGCACCCACGACACAUGGUGAAAAUAGUUCACUCCCAACAACAUCGGGAAAAGGACCAUUGGAUUAUGACACCCAUAUAUUUUCCCCAGUUGAAGAAGUUACCCUUCCUAAGCAAGAACUUAUGGAAGAGGAAAAAGUCCUUGAAGGAAGGGAAAAUAUUGACCUUGAAGAUCCUGAUAAAGGUUCCCUCACAACAAACUUGGAGGAACAACAAUUCAAUGAUGACUCCUAUACUGAAUCACCAGUUGAGGAAGUUACCCUUCAUAAGCAAGAACUUAAGGAAGAGGACAAAGUCCUUGAAGGAAGGGAAAAUAUUGACCUUGAAAAUCCUGAAAAAGGUUCCCUCACAACAAACUUGGAGGAACAACAAUUCAAUGAUGACUCCUAUACUAAAUCACCAGUUGAGGAUGUUACCCUUCUUGAGCAAGAACUUAUGGAAGAGGACAAAGUCCUGGAAGGAAGGGAAAAUAUUGACCUUGAAAAUCCUGAUAAAGUUGAGGAAAUUACCCUUCUUGAGCAAGAAUGUGCAGAAGAGGACAACGUCCUUGAAGGAAGGGAAAAUAUUGACCUUGAAGACCCUGAUAAAGGUUCCAUCUCCACAAUAUUGGAAGAAGGACCAUUUGAUGAUGACUCCGAUACCACAUCAUCGAGUCAAUGGAAGGACAUAAGUAAAACAAGUUCAGGGAAUGAAAAUCAAAUUGACGAUGGUACUGUUCAUGAUCAGCUACACACUAAUAGAAAUGAUGACAAUGAGGCCAAUGAACAGAUGGCUGCUGCUGAAAGUCAAAACGAUAUUUCAGAGGAGGAUGAAAUUACUCCCUCCACGACGACAUAUACACAGACACAUUUUGUACAGAUUGGAUCAUGGAAGACAGGAUUACGUCAAUAUUUUCGCAGAGCUUUUACAGCUCCUUACUUCUCUGAUUGUUACUUUAGCCUGUGUCCUUCUUUUGAUAUAGCAGACAGCUCUCUGGAUGUGGCAUAUAUAGGCACAGAAACCUCAUUUGAAAUACGUGAAAAGACAGAUGCUGAUGAAAAUUCAAUUGGCGUGUCAACAGCACAGUCACCAGAGGAACUGCAGCACGAUGGCUCUAUCACAUCAAAGACUGAUAUGACAGGCAAAAUGCCAGAAGAAUCAGAAAACACUGAAACAGCCAGAUCACAACCUGUUGACGACUAUGCCAUUUAUGAUCAGCCACACACUAAUAGAGAAGACGACAGUGAGGCCAGAGAAAAGAUGGCUGCUGUUGAAAGUCAAAACAAUGAUUCAGAAGAGGAUGAAAUUACUCCCUCCACAAUGAAACAUACACAGACACAUUUUGUACAGAUUGGAUCAUGGAAGACAGGAUUGCGUAAAUCUAUUCGCAGAGCUUUUUCAAUUCCUCACUUCUUUGGCUGUCACUUGACACUGUUUCCUUCUUUUGAUACAGCAGACAGCUCUCUGGAUGUGGCAUAUAUAGGCAAAGAAACCCCAUUUGAAAUACGUGAAAAGACAGAUGCUGCUGAAAAUCCCACUGGUGUGUCAUCAGCACAACCAACAGAGGAACCACAGCAUGAUGUAAAGCACUGUUCUUUGUCUUCUAUAGAAAUAGAGACCUCUUUUUCAGUCAAUGUGAAUAAUUCUUGGGCAGACAUACAUUACUGGGUGGUUUGGAGGUGA